AUGCUCAUCACGAGGACACUGCCGUUCUCAACUGUCACUACCUCCACAUUUCUGAGCAGAGGGGAGACGACAGCUUCGAGCAGGCAUAAACAGCAUGCAACAACGAUGUCCAGUGAUUUGGCACAUGCAGCAAUUGUGGGGAAGCGACAAAGCAGAGGGCGAUCUAGACUAGGAUGCUUCACAUGUAGGGCAAAACAUGUCAAGUGUGAUGAGCGUCUGCCUGUCUGUCGACGAUGCGAGCGCCUAAACCUAACCUGCAGUCCAUAUUGGACCAACGAUGGAGCGACGACUUCCAGGAGACUUUCUUCAACAUCGACAUCACUUCGGAAGCUGCAGCCGUCGAAACGACUUAUGGCUCAUACAGAUGGGCCAGCCACCGAGGAAUGCAGUCCCCAAAGCAACAGUAACGAUUCACUGGACUGGGCGGCAUUCGACGACCUAUCCGAUGCCGCUCUAAUGGCUCAAUGUUCACGAGAUGACGCCCUGGAUUUAUUCCAUCCUAUCGACAUGGGAAAUAUUCCAGCACGGAUUAAUUCGCAAGAAUUGUCAGCUCUGAUAACCUCAUCCCCUCCAAAUUAUGAGGAAACUAUGGAUCACAUGAUGGGAAACCUGCCACUUGGAUCGCUACCUUUUGUUAACCAAAUUGUCUUAUCUCAGACGCUCGCCCUCAGUGAGAAUAACUUAACUCUGAACCACGAGGAAUAUGAGGCUCUGAGACACUAUCAGGAUGGAUUUUGCUUGGUACAUACCUCCAAGGUUGCCGCGUGGUCUUUCCCUGUCCUCCUCCUGCAAAAGGUCUCUUACAGUGCUAUCGCUAUGCGCUGUGCACUGGCUGUGUCACUUCAAGACCUCGACAUGCGGCGCCAUUCUGAUCAUCAUACUUCUAGCAGAGCAGAGUCAUCGCUAGCCAUUUCCCACUUCACUAUCGCAUCGUCGACAUUCCGAGAAGUCAUACGACAAUCAACCAGUUCUGUUGACCAUGUGGAGACCCUAGCUGCAUUUUAUUUCCACUACGUCUUCCUCACCCAUCAGCGCAUUGUCAACAGGGAAGAACUGCACAAGCUAAGCGGGGCAGUCUUGCGAUAUCUCCAGGCCUCGUCGAUAGGGGAGAUUUUGACCAGAUCGACGUCAGAGCCAGCCGUGGCCAUGACACCACCCAUGGGCGCAUUCUUGUGCCGGAUGCUGCUAUGGGUUUACAGAGAGGAUGUAUAUGCAAUGGGUUACCGUUGUGCUGGUGAGGUUGCGCGAUACAUUUCCGAACGUCCAAGACUUCUCAGGCGGCUAUGCGUCACCUCGCGGCCAGCAUUACAGCUGAACUGGGGCACUGUGUACCCAGCUGAACAACAUUUAGACGAUGUCUUCUCCGCUCAGCACCUUGACAUGCUAGUUCGCAUGAUCCAGCUCCAGUUCCAGAUUACUGAGUUUGGCUGGUCGACAAUGGAGUCAGCCAACGUAGAUCGGGUUCCAGACACAUCUAUGCCAGCAGAGAGGAGCUUGCAGAUAGAGGAGAAGUUUGACCUCAUAGAAACGGUAAGACAUUAUCCUGGGCGGUAUACCACUCGGAGAUGUUUUGACUGGCGCUGA